UGGGAUAAUUAUAUUUUAUCAUAUUCUGCAUGUUUAAGUCCUUUUAUUUUCAGAAACGUAGAUCUUUUGAGAAUACGAUAAUCACACUUCAAGAAACUGAAGGCAGUCAAACAUUGGAUAUAACAAUGUACAGCAAACGAGAAGACGCUGUGCCCGAAGGUGUUUUGACAAUUUCAAGUUUGGAAAACAAGGGUGGGUUAAAAUCCACUCCUGGGACAACUAUAUCUGUAAGUUUAUUUUUCUUUCAUACUUCAGAAUAUGUAUUGUAUUCAUUAUUUAUUAUAGUGUCAACAGUCUUGUUAGAGGAAGCAUUUCUUCUCAGAACAGAGAAGGAGAAAAAGCUUCAACAAGAAAAAGAGAAGGAUAAAAAGUCAAAUGACGCUAAGGUUGCGAGAAGACUGAGGAACGAGGCACUUCAAAGAAUGAGAAAACCAUUUCAGACGGAGCAGAAUGAGACUGAUGGGAAAGACGG